AUGACAUCAUCAGCAGAAAUUUCAAUAUACGAUUCAAUCUUUACGAUUAUUAAAGAAGAUCGUGUUUCUGAGUUAGAAUCAUCUAUUCAUCAAUUAUCAGAUGUUAACUUCUCCAUUAAAAACUAUCCCGAUAGAGAAGAAUUUUGUGUAAAUAGUCCACCAAUCAUAUCUGUUGCUUGUUAUUUUGGAUCAAUUAACUGUUUCAGAUAUUUAUUUAACCAUGGAGCAGUUUUAAGUAUUGCUGAUACGAUUGGGCGACUUCCAGUUCAUUACGCAGCUGCUGGUGGUUCAAUGCCAAUAUGUGAUGAACUUGAUAAUUUAGGAGCAGAUUUUCAAGCGCUAGAUACAUCAGGCCAAUCAGUAAUUCACUAUGCUUGUAAAUUUGGACAUACGAGUUUAGUGCAAAAGUUUUAUCUUCGUGGUUUUGAUUUAGAAUCACCAGAUAUCAAAGAAAUUAGACCAAUUCACUUAGCAUGUUAUAAUAACAAUACUGAGCUUCUAUCAUUUUUAUGUGAACAAUCAGUUGACAUAGAAUGCAGCACUCGCUUUGGAGAUACUCCUCUAAAAAUUAUUCUAAAGCUAAAUGAGCUUGAAAUGCUCAAGGUAUUAAUUUCAUACCAUGUGAACACUAAUAUUCAAGACCCAAUAGAGAAAAUGACACCAAUAAUGACUUCAAUUAGAAAUAAUAGUAUUGACUUAGCUGAAAUCUUGAUAUCCAGUCCUGAGACUAAUGUUCAAAUUGAGGAUUCAAUGGGUUGGACUGCCCUUCACUAUGCUGCAGAAGCUGGUUUAACUGAUAUUUGUCCCAAACUUAUCAAGAAAGGAGCAAACAUAAACUCUGUUACCAUGAAUAACAUGACACCUCUUCAUCUUGCUCUUAACCGACAAAAAAGUGAAACAGCAAAAUAUCUUGAAUCAGAAGGUGGGCUUGUAUGGGUAUAA